GGCGUGGCGAGGCCCCGCAGCUCCUGUUUUCCCCGCCGGGGCCCCGCUUUCGGUUUCGUUUCCUUCCAGCGUCUCCUCCAUCCUGCGGGCGGAGGAGCAGUGGGGCCGGGCCCGUGACCGCCGCCGUCGUCCGCGCUGAGCUCGGUCCGCGACGGCCAUGGCCCAGGCCGCGGUGGCGGUGGCAGAGAUGACCCAGGUGCUGUGCGCGGCCGGGGGUGCCCUGGAGUUAGCGGAGCUGCGGCGCCGCUUGCGAGCGAGCCUCGGCGCCGACGCGCUGGAGCGGCUGCUGCGGGACCGCGGGCGCUUCGUGGUGGCCUCGCGGGCGGGCGCGGGCGCGGGCGCGGGCCGGGCGGCGGCCUCGGAGCGCGUGGUGCUGGCCGUGUCGUCGCUGCGUCUGUGCCGCGCGCACCAGGGCCCCAAGCCGAGCUGCACCGGGCUCUGCGCGCAGCUGCAUCUCUGCAAGUUCCUCAUCUACGGCGCCUGCAAGUUCCUGCGGACCGGGAAGAACUGUAGGAAUGGUCACAACUUGAAGACUGAUCAUAACCUGAGUGUGCUGAGAACUCAUGGUGUUGACCACCUCACCUAUAGUGAGCUUUGCCAGCUCUUGAUUCAGAAUGACCCCUGGCUUUUACCGGAAAUCUGCCUACAUUACAACAAAGGCGAUGGACCCUUCGGCUCUUGCUCAUUUCAAAAGCAAUGCAUUAAACUCCACAUCUGCCAGUACUACUUACAGGGAGAGUGCAAAUUCGGCACUAGCUGUAAGAGGUCCCACGAGGUCACUAACUCGGAGAAUCUGGAGAAAUUGGAAAGGUUGGGUGUAAGUUCUGACCUGGUGAGCAGGCUGCUCUCUACUUACCGGAAUGCGUAUGACAUCAAGAAUCAGGGCUCAGCCCUCAGCAAAGUGUCCCUUUAUCCUGCGGGUCCACAGGGGACUUCCGAAAGAAAAGACAGUUCAGGUUCUGCAUCACCAGGUGCUCCGACCCAGGAGGAGAGUGAUCAGAUUUGCUUGUACCACAUUCGGAAAAGUUGUAGCUUUCAAGAUAAGUGCUAUAGAGUUCAUUUCCAUUUGCCAUAUCGGUGGCAGUUCUUGGAUGGAGGCAAAUGGAAGGAUUUGAACAACAUGGAGCUUAUUGAAGAGGCUUAUAGUAACCCCAGUAAAGAGAGGAUUCUGUACACAGAGUCAGCUGCUAGCUUUCGCUUUGAUUUAGACUUUGAGUCCAUGAAGUUUGGUAGUACUGUGGCUCGCCGACUCUCCACAGCUUCUUCUGUCACCAAACCCCCGCAUUUCCUCCUCACUACUGACUGGGUUUGGUACUGGAUGGAUGAAUUUGGUUCUUGGCAGGAAUAUGGACGACAAGGUACAGUGCACCCUGUGACCACCAUCAGCAGCAGUGACGUGGAAAAGGCUUACCUGGCAUUUUGUGACCCAGGGGCUGAUUCCCAGGCAGCCACCUUGAAGUUCCAGGCUGGAAAACACAGCUAUGUGUUAGACUUCAAAGCCUUUCUGCAGAAAAACCUUGUGUAUGGCACUGUCAGAAAAGUUUGUCGCAGACCCAAGUAUGUGUCUCCCAAGGAUGUUCAGAUGAAGCAGUCCUGCAAUACUAAGUUUCAAGUCCCAAAGAGCAUCCCAGACUACUGGGACCCUGCAGCCCUGCCAGACCCAGGAUUUAAGAAGAUUAUUCUCAGUUCUUCCUCAGAAGAGUACCAGAAGGUGUGGAACCUCUUCAACCGCACACUACCUUUCUACUUUGUUCAAAAGAUCGAGCGGAUCCAGAACCUGGGCCUGUGGGAAGUCUACCAGUGGCAAAAAGGGCAGAUGCAGAAACAGAAUGGAGGGAAGGAAGUAGACGAGAGGCAGCUGUUCCAUGGUACCAACACCAGCUUUGUGGAUGCCAUCUGCCAGCAGAACUUUGACUGGCGGGUCUGUGGUCUGCAUGGCACAUCCUAUGGCAAAGGGAGCUACUUUGCGAGAGACGCUGCCUAUUCCCACCACUACAGCAAGUCCGACACGCAUUCCCACACCAUGUUCCUGGCCCGGGUGCUAGUGGGAGACUUCAUCAGGGGCAAUGCUGCUUUCGUCCGCCCUCCAGCCAAGGAGGGCCAGAGCAAUGCCUUCUAUGACAGCUGCGUGAACAGCAUGUCCGACCCAACCAUCUUUGUAGUUUUUGAGAAGCAUCAAGUUUACCCCGAGUACCUCAUCCAAUAUUCCACUUCCUCCAAGCCCCCGGCUACUGCCCCCUCCAUCUUUGUUACCCUGGGUUCCUUGUUCACCGGCCGGCAAUGAGCGUGGCCAAGGUGCAUUAGGCCUUUCUGGUGGAGUUGUUUGGAAAGUCUUUUUUUUAAACAAAACUUUUAAUGAACUAUUUAAUGUGGCUUCUCAGUGAAGUUACAGUCUUUUUUUUCU